UGAAGCGUGAAUGCGAUGGAGCUGAGGAGGCGAAGCUGCACACUGAUGAUGGCCUGAAAGAUGAGGCCUUUUCAUUUGCCGAUACUUGUAUUGAAGAAGAUAAAAUUAGGUUAAUUCAUCCCCAAAGCCUAUUUCCACUAUCGCAUUCAAGCUAGUAUAUGUUGAUUUAGCCGUCGAAAUUUGAACCAUCUAAUAGUUUUCUCAGAGAAUUUCCAUCCUCAAAAUGGCGUCACUCUGGACUCUUCAAUCUUAUCCCUUCUCUAUUCAGCCAUCGAUUUGGGUUUCAAAGCGCCGGGUUUAUCCAAAAUUUCUCCAACUUAGGAGAGAAUUUGAUCACCCUCAUAGUCAUCUGAAGUGGAAUCGACCGACAGUCAAUACAUGUUUUCAAUUGAGAGCCAUUAGUAGUACUGGAAGUUCUGAAGACGAGGAACUGCCGCAACAUGAGGUGGUCAAGAUUCACUCGGAAUCCAGACACCCAAUUGCGCAAUUGCAAGGAAUGAUUUCUACUUCCCCUCCCGUUGUUUUUUUGACGAGAAGACGAGCUGGAAGUAAUUUUAUGAUCUGGUUGUGUGUUGCGACUGCAUUUUUGCUCAUUGCUGUGAGAGUGUAUGUGGUGAGGAAGUCAAGAUACAACCGUCCUGGCUCUGUUGCUGAUCUUGUAAGACGUGGGCAACUAAGAUCUGAUAGAAGAGGCAUCUCAAGGCCUCUCAAAUAUGAUGAUCCAUUCAAUAAUCCAUUGGUGAAGGUUGGUAAGAGUAAUUCCACCAUAGAGAUGUGUGGGAAAGUUUAUAAGUUGGCCCCGGUUACUCUGACAGAAGAGCAACAAGCAAUCCAUCAGAAAAGGAGAUCUCGAGCAUACCAAUGGAAAAGGCCAACUAUAUUUCUUAAAGAAGGGGAUUCUGUACCUCCUGAUGUUGAUCCUGAUACGGUGAGAUGGAUUCCGGCAAAUCAUCCUUUUGCAACUACUGCUAGUGACAUUGAUGAAGGCUUGGCCCAAAAUAAUGUUUAUCAGAAACAUGGUGUUCCUUUCCGUAUUCAAGCAGAGCACGAGGCAUUACAGCGAAAGCUAGAAGCAUUGCAACAUGAGCAAAAACUCAAUAAGCUAGUCAUUGAUACCAGCAAUGCUAAAGAUUUUGAAAGACCACUAAAGUUUAAUUCAAAGUCAAAUGAGCUUAUAGAACAGAGCCCCUUCAGCAAUCAAGCUGGUGAUCCUAAGCCAUCAGUAUCAGAUUCAGCCCCUAAUUCCUUUAAGAGCAAUUCAUCCUCAGAGGAAAUGUAGAAACCAUAAAGUAGUUUUUUCAUUUGACAAAAUUUCCCCAUCUGUUAAGUGUCCAUAGUUUGCGUUGAACUUGGGAGUUUGACAAUUAGACUGAGUGUGGAUAUGGAGAUUGUCAGUGGAAACUAGAAUUUCAAUCAAGCUCACUGCACUUGUAAGUUGUGACACCUGAGGUUAGACAGUGAAUAUAAAGGAUCUGCCUGUUUGUUGUGCUUUGCAAAUUGCAAGUGUAUGCCUCGGGAGAGCUGGCCUGCCCCACUCCACACACGUAUAUAUAUUUUAUCCCUAUAGGAGCUGAACGGAAGUAUAUUGCACACACCUUGUCGAACAUUUUAUUUGUGGCUUUUGCAUUGCCACAAGAAGAUAAAAGAUAUUCAUUUUAUCUGUAGGUUA